GUUGUUCUAGCUGCACCUGCAGAAGCUUGGUUUAUUGGUUCAGAAAUGCGCAGUGUCACAGUCUGACGUGAUACUACGGCGCCUAUCCGUGUGUUUAUCUCUGAUACCUGACGGCGUGUUCCUUUCUCAGUGCCUCUGAUCACGACCACUUCGACUGCAGACCAGCGACUCUCCCGCUUUAUGGAAACCGAGGCUGUGCGUUCUGUCGUGGUCAUGCUGCCUCCCAAGAACUGCCUCCCGAGGAACUACAGCUGCAUAGCUGGGUUGUUCGGGAGCUUGACAGCAGACCCGAGACUAGAAGACGAAGAGGGGAUGGAGCUGAACGGAACAAGCGAGCCCAUCGAGAUGCACCAUGUGGUGGAUGAGAGACCAAGAGGCCGGGAAUCCUUCCUCAAACCCCCGCAGAGUCCGAACCUGCGCCGGAGGUGCAAGUCUCUGCCGACCCCCAUAGAGAGAGCGAAGCUUGAGAUCUCCCGCAGCCGGAGUCCCUGCAGCCAGAAAAAGGUCCGUUUUGCCGACUCUCUGGGUCUGGAGCUCACCUCUGUGAAGCACUUCAAUGACACAGACAUACCCGAUGUGCCGGAGCGCAUAAUGGCCAGAUUCGACAGGGCUCCCCUCCAUCUGAACCCAUUUGACAAGUUCCCCAGGGCACCGACCACCCAGUCAAGUUUUAUGGAGCUGCAAUUCAAGAACCCCGGGACCCUACCAGGCUUUACUGAGAAAGUGAAAGAAGUGAAAGUGUUGUUGGAGUCUGCUGAAGCCGACGAGUUCAGUCUGUCCGGCGUCGUGCGGGUUUUGAACAUGGCUUUCGAGAAAAGUGUCUAUUUGAGGUUUUCAAUCAACAACUGGAUAACCUUCAUGGACAGUCUGACAUCAUAUGUCCCAGAAUCAAGUGACGGUGUGACAGACAAAUUCUCCUUUAAGAUAAUCACCCCAACGACGUUUCUGGAGAGCGGAGGCACGUUCCAGUUUGCCAUUAGAUACUGCGUUGGUGGAGAUGAGUAUUGGGACAAUAAUGACGGGGUCAACUACAAAGUGCGACGCCACAGAUUUAAGAUUUCCCCACCCCGUGAGUGGGAGGAUGGCUGGAUUCACUUCAUCUAACCUGCAUGUGCCCUUGGCGUUCUCACCGGCGCACUGUGUGUGUAAAGCACGCAAUCUCUCAACGGGCACUGCUUUACCAUAAUGAAGAAUAGGGCUACCAUAGGCUAUAGCCUCUACACAUUGUGUUAAUGAUCCAACCGCCGUGUCCAGCUGUACACUCACUCAUUUUUUUUAAUUGUUUGGGUUAUGUUUUUUUCACCACCAUCACAUUCGUUUUGUUUCAUGUCAUUAUGUUUGACAGAUUUGACAGGAUUGAAGGACAAGCCCUUCAUUAGGUGUCCGCCGUGGGAGGUAAAUCUGCUGUAUGAUAAUUAGCCUUGGUAUUGGGGACUUUGUAGUCCUGUGCCCUUUGGUGUGGCCCGACUAUACUCUUAUGUAAUGCAGGGACAUGUGCCAUUGAAAACGUGCCAGGAAUAUACCCCAUUUAAGCGUCACUGUCCCUCUCUAAAACGAAGCGAUGCUCGCUUCAAUCCCCACUUUUGACUAUUUCAUUAAACAUCUUUUGCGAUGUCUUAACUGUCAACGACUGCUUAUAAAAAACGGAGGAAAAUUGUUAUGAAAACACUAAGACAGCUUCUCGCCCGUCUUCUCUCUGUUUAUUUCCGAUAGCAUGGGACUGUGCUCACGUGCAUCCCCCUGUGUAACUGUCAUGCAUGCUUUCAAUCAGAUUGUCUCAUCUGAAAACUCCAGCGGAUGGGGCAGGCCGAAGCUCAGUCACAACAAGAUUCGCACUGGAUCAACAAAGGAAAUAUCAAAUUGUCAUUUGUUUUACCAAUUCCUCAUCUUUUCAUCUUCUUGGAUAUGCCUUAUAAUACCCCUUAUAACUAAAGGGGAACGCUGCUGUGGGAAAUGAUUAAACCCUCCUCUCUCUGUAGCACUGCUCAACGAGAUGAUGUUAGAAAAAGGAAAUCAUCCCACGAGCCUUGUUCGCUGGUUAUAAAUGCACCCGAAUUUUUUCUCCAGAGGAUGGUAACCAAUAGCGGGAGAGUUGACUGGGUCAGAGUGGAGCCCUACAGUCUAGCAGUUGGCUAGCCUAUUAGGAUGCUCUGGUAUGACCCAAAACAUGUAACAUAAUAAUAUGUGGAUCUUUCCCACUCUAAAAUGCCAAAUAAUGCAUAUGCUAUAUGCAUUAUUUUAAACUAGAGAACAUGUAUAUUUGACAAAAAAAAACUAUUGUACAGAACAUUUUGUUCAGGAUCUUAUAGUAGAUUUUUCUCUGCAGUGCAGUCAGUCUGCAUGUAUCUGACAGGUGAUAUUUUACAACAUUCCUGUUGUGACACUCUUGAUCUCAACCAGUCGCAAUAAUUCACCAGGUGUCUUGUAAACAAUAGUUGAGGAUAGCUCUAACCCUAAGGUCCACUGCAGAAUCAGUCACCACUGCCUCACCCAUACAGUAUCUCUACCUUCUUCAAGGUUGAGCUUUAAUGACAAAAUCCACACAGAUAUCACUCCAUUUUACAACUGUUAUUACACAAUGAUAAAUUACAGAGACAGAUACUGUUGGACGUUUGUUUCUGUUCCUUGUUGGACCUGAAAUGCAACUGUUGCUGUGGGAAAUUAUACAUUUACCUCAGAUCGUUUCUAGAGUGCAGACCUGACGAUCUUCCAAAUAUUCCAGGUUUUUCUCCUUUUAUUCAGGUUGAACAAAACAAAACAUUAUUUUUUUAUGAAGUACAGUAGAACCAAAAUAGUCAAACUCAUGCCAUUUUUAAAACACACCCAGUCCAGUAAAACAGUAGCAUUUCAUUGUCAGUAUUUUGUAAAUAACUUCCACUGUGUAAUGUUGUAUUUUACAGUACAACUAUGGUGAUGACAGCAUCUGAACUACUUUUACUGAUUUCAAAGUUGUAAUGUUAGACUUGGCUGAUGAUAUAGAAAAGAGCAGUGUUUGUUUGGUAGGACUACAUAUUGUACAGUUGAAGCUAUUGCACUGGUGCUUCAAGCUGAACUCAUUUGUUGGCACAUUGGCAUCACAUAAUGCAUGUGUAAAACUCCUUCCACUGAGGGCCGAGUGUCUGCUGGUUUUUGCUCCACCCCUGUACUUGAUUGAUGAAUUAAGGUCACCAAUUAGUAAGGAACUCCUCUCACCUGGUUGUCUUUGACACCCCUGACAUGAGGUGAGGGAGCUCAUUAUGGAUGGAUGGCAAACUAACCUUAGGUUAUGUAAUGCAACAGCCCACAUCACAAACGGUUUGUCUACAUGUGUACUGGAUGUACACCAUGUUUAAAUUAGAGUUUGUAUUUAUUUGGGUUGUUAUAAUUUGUGGGAGUUUUCUAUGACAUGAAUGCUUGGAAUGUAUCAAUAUUUUGUUUUGAGUAGGAUGCCUCUGAGAGAUCAGCAACUUGGAGAUGUAUCUGUUUAGAAAAUGGAAUGCAUCUCUGAGACUAACAGAUGUAGUUAUAUAAUAUAGUUAGUUACUGUUGUCUGGCUAUGGUGGUCAGUAAGAAAAGCCUGUGUUUACAUGAGCCAGGACUUGGACAGGAGCUUGGCCAGACUAUUCAACCCUUGAGAUUGAAAAUGGAAAAUAGACUACUCAUGUGACCACUGAGCAUGUCCUAAUGACUCAAACAAUUUAGCAGAGUUGUUUGGCUUAUAGCAGAGUUGUUUAGUUUCCAGAGUCCAGCAGUUGUCUCUUUCUAAUAUCUCCAUGGGAAAUCUGUAGAGCCUGGUUGGAACAAAAUAACCUCACUCAUGGUCUCACGUCCACCAUGACAUUAACCGACCUCUAGGGCUGCACGAUAUGGGCAAACAAAUGUAAUAGCGAUUUUUAUUUUUAACAAAUAUGGUUAUUGCGAUUUGACGUGCGAUAAAUAUCAAAAUAUUUGUGUUAACUGUUGGAAUUAUAGAAAUAGAUUGAAUUAUAUUAAGAAGCUAAGUGGAAAGCAGCAUCGUUCUUGUUUGGAACAAUUUGUUGACUGCAUUGACCUGACGGAACAACAUGUAAAUUUAUAGUCAAUCAUCUAACAGCCAGGGGGAGGAACUGCGCUGCUUGAGUGACAGGGGCGAGGCUUAGUGUGUGUGGGAAGCAACCGCAAGAUGAGAAAAAAACGUUAAAACCUGAAGUUACUCACGGCUGAGAUGUGUUUGAAAAUAUUGCAUUUGAUAUGGAUCUCUUGCGAUAUGGAUAUUGCACAUGUCAAUAUAUAAUUUUGAUGUAUAUUCGAUUAAUUGUGCAGCCCACUCUUGAGUUGAGACAUAACCAUUGGUUGACAACUGGUUGGCCUCACUGUGUUCAGAAGAAUGCUAGUCUGUGCAGUCAGUGAGUUCCACACACGGCAGCUGUAUCUCCACAAAGACUACUGUGGUUAACAAGAUGUCAAGCCUUGUCAGAGAUUGUUUUAUGUUCUUAAGUCUGAUGAAAUAUAAUGGUUAUUUUUCCUCAUGUAGCUUUUGCUUAUGAUUUCUGUUAACUGUAAAUAUUCUCUCAAUAAGUGUACAUGUAGUACAGUAUGAUUUCACUCAUGAAUUGUUUCAAUCAUAACAGUUCAAUUUGUGAAUAUGUCAUGGAGGUAAAGAUGUUUUAUAGGGGAAGGAUGAAAGGCAUCCAGAAACAGACAGUAUAGGGUUUGUCAACACAAUGUGAGCUAUAUGGAUCACUCCAAUAUAUUGGUAUCACUCCGCGCCGGAGGGAUACAUGCAAGCUGAAGGAUUUACAGAUUUACUCCCGUGUACACCUGUGUCACGGCUGGGGUCCGCCCCUGUAUAUAGACCCCAUGGCCGCGACACGUUCUCUAUACAUUUUUUGAGGCGCCUCUAGCACCGUAGAGGAUUGGAGUGAUCCAUAUAGCUCACAUAACCGUGGUUACAUGCAUAACCGUCAUUAUGUUUCAUUAUAUUGGAUCACUCCAAUAUAUUGGUAUACACGUACCAGAUUAGUCGGUGCUAGAGGGACCCGGCCAGCCAGCGGCGAAGUGCGAGACCGAGACGCAGGGACUGUCAAUGUGGAACGGGGUCCCGGCCCUGUCCCCGGAAGGGGAGGCGACGCCCAGGACCGCUAAACCAACCGCAGAGGGAGAUGCCACAUGUACCCGAUAGUACCUAGCAAAAUGUGCAAGAAGAAGCCCAGCUGGCCGCAACACAGAUCUCAGCGAGGGGAACUCCUCUCAAUAGAGCCAAGGACGCAGCCACACCUCAUGUUGAAUGUGCCAUCACAGAUCCCAGCACUGGCAUGCCAUCCAGGUGGUAUGCUGUCGUAAUCGUGUCCACGAUCCAGUGAGAGAGCCUCUGCUUUGACAGCCCAGCCCACAGGACUCUCUCACCAUAGCAGACAAAGAGCUGGUCUGUUGUUCUCACUCACUGUGUCCUCCACAUAGGCAACCAGUGCCCUCACAGGGCACAGCAUGCCAGAGGGAGGCCCAGACUCCCCCACCACUGCAGGGGGAUCGUAAGCAGACAGGAUAAAAGGGAUGUUCACAUGCCUGUCUGACAUAUCCUUCGGGAGGAAUGAAGGGUUGGGGUGGAGAGAUAUACUCCUCCCCUCGGGGUCCACCCGGUAGCACUCAGAACUUACAGGAAGAGCAUAGAGCUCACCCACCUCUUCAAGAAAGCCACCUUCAUAGAGAGGUGUUUCAGGGAGGCAGACUCCAACGGUUCGAAAGCCAGCUUUGCCAAAGCUGCCAAGACCACAUCCAGAUCCCAGCUUGCCAUUGAGUGGGUCCUAGUUGGACGCAGGUGACAAACACCCUUCAUAAACCUGGAGACCAAGGGAUGGCGCCCCACUGGCCUGUCCAUCCACCCCACAUGGCAGGCAGAUAUAGUGGCUAAAUACCUGCUCAGUGUAGAGGCUGCCAAGCCCUCAUCCAAGAGAGACUGCAGGUAUUGGAGGACAUACUGCACCCCGCACGACUCGGGCACAACCUCAAUACCAGUGCACCAAGAGCAGAACAACCGCCAGCACAACUGGUAUGCCGCGGUUGUAGCCGGCGCCCUUGCGUUCUGCAUGGUGUUCAUUACUCCCUCCUGUAGUCCUAACAUGGAUCCUUGGUGCCGUUUAGUGGCCAAGCCCACAGACUGAGGCGGUGCGGCCUCGGAUGGUCACAGAGUUCCCCUGGCCUGAGACAGCAAGUCCGGUCUCAGGGGAAGUUGUCAAGAUGUCCCAGACAACAGGGACAGGAAAAGGCUGAACAAGGGUUGUCUGGGCCAGUAUGGGGCCACCAGAAGCAGACAAUGCUCUGCCAUCCUGGUCCUGUCCAGCACAGCCUGGAUCAGGGGAAAAGGGGGGAAUGUGUAAAGCUCCAGCCCUGGCCAAUCGUGAGCCAGAGCAUCCAAGCCAAGAGGCCCUGGUGUCUCUGACAUGGAGUACCACAGGGGCAGUGUGCAUUGUCCAGAGAGGCAAACAGAUCCACCUGCACCCUCCCGAACUUGUCCCACAGGUGCUGCACCACCUGGGGAUGUAGGCUCCAGUCCCAAGAUGGUUGGCCCUCCCUAGAGAGCAUAUCCGCUGCCACACUCAGGAUGUCAGGUACGUGCGCUGCGCAUAGAGAUGCUAGACAGCCCAGAGCUCCCAUGCUAUAAGAUUGAGGCGGUGGGACCUCAGUCCACCCUGAUGGUUGAUGUAAGCCACCACUGUGGUGUUGUCCUUUCUCACCAGGACAUGUCUUCCUUUCAGAUGUGGAAGGAAAGACCGCAGGGCCACGGAGUCGUAGUGUAACGCUAACAAAACACAAGCAUGACAAACCACGGGCGGAAGAUACAGAUCAACCAUGCGCAGCAAGUGGAGCACUCAAGAGGAGGGGCUGGCCAUGUGGCCAACUGCUCCAGGCUGCAAAACAGCCAGUGAGUAUACUUUCACGCAAGAUAUUACACUUACCAGUGAUUUACCAAGCGAACUUCAGAAAGUUUGUACCUCAAACCAUACGGACGUCUGCCGAGAAAAUGAAAGAGAAUGUGUCGUGGCCAUGGGGUCUAUAUACAGGGGCGGACCCCAGCCGUGACACAGGUGUACACGGGAGUAAAUCUGUAAAUCCUCACCUCGGAUGUAUCCCUCCGCCGCGGAGUGAUACCAAUAUAUCGGAGUGAUCCAAUAUAGGGAAAUAUAACCACAUUUUAUGAGCACUCGCUGAUGUUUAUCUGUUUUAUGUGUCGCAUAUUGAAUGUCUUUCUGCUACCAUAUUAUGUCAUGUAAUAGCAUUUCAAAAACAGGAUUGCAAGCGGUGGAUGGAUACCCAACUCAGAACUAGAAAGUAAUCUAAAAACAAUCUGAACAAAAUAGAAUUUCAGGAAAUUUCCUUUAAAACUGCGGAACGCCACUGAACCUUAGGCCAAAAUGUGGGCGGGGUCCCAGGAAUGAUAGGGUUAUUGUAUAAGGUGUAACUAAAGAUGGUUCCAUUGCCUUAUGUUUAGAGUUCAUACUGAAAUGAACACAUAAGAGGUCUAAGCUGUGAAGGGAUGUUAUGGUAGGUUGAUCAACAUGUGCUAAUAGUCUCGAGCAGUCAAAUCAUACUGGAUAGUAUGUUCUGGGGCUAAGCUGAGGGGAUCUUUAGACUAAAGAGUUGCAUGCAUGCCACUAAAGACAAAAUACACUUUGAAGUAUCUGAAACAUCUGAAAGGAGUGACUAAUGAUUGUAAUAUUGAGCUAGGAAAAGAGGCAUGGUUUGGUUUGGUAUGUCUCUUAUGACUUUACACGUAUUCCUGUGAAUUGCUACUAACCAAGAUGUUCUCCAUCCCCAGUCAUGUUUGAUACACAGCUUUCUCUCUCACUGUGAAACGUUAUACAUCUGAAAUAGUUUAGAUCAAGUUCAUUUUACUCAUAUGUGGAGUGGAGGAAGUGAAUUUCCCUUGGUUUGAACUAUAAGGUUAUCAGUAUUCUUCUUUUGAACCUAUGCAAACCUUACUACUGCAAUCCAUCAUCUGUCUGUGUUGAUGUGUCUUGGUGUCUGACGUAUUGUUUGGAGCUAAUGUUUAUCACUGUAUUCUGGCCGUUUGCAUGCACGGCGGAAGUACCCCUGUUAUUUUUAUGGUGAGUUUGUAAUGUAGCCUAUAUUUUAUUGAAACAACGGCAAUAAAGGCCUUUGUGAUGGGAAAUUGAAA